AAGGGCUUCAAUUUGUACGACGAGCGAGUAUCAAGAGAUGGGGACGGUACCGGAGGCCGAUUCAGUGAGCCUGUGGCCCCUCGACAUGCCUCUUGAAGACUCCACCAUGCAGCAGGGCGAUGACUCGGGGGAUGUCAGCAGGCAACUCCACUAUCUGGAGACGAUACUCGGAGAGCUCAAGAGCGACCUGAGCAAGGAGAGGAGGGAUAAGCUGCUGCUGCUGGCGGAGGUGGAGUGUCUGCGUAAGAACAACCAUCACCUGCUGGAGGAGUCGCUGUUCGCCUACGAGGAGCUGCACAAGCUCAAGAGCACCUUCAGCGUCGCGCCCGGGGACGUCCAAUGAGAACAGGCCCUCAGAGAGGCAGGCCCGCGGACGUCCAAUAAGAACAGGCCCUCAGAGAGGCAGGCCCGGGGACGUCCAAUGAGAACAGGCCCUCAGAGAGGCAGGCCCGGGGACGUCCAAUGAAAACAGACCGUCAGAGAGGCAGGCACGAUAGUACAGCAGAACAUUACGAUGGACCUAUCGGAAGCACGUGUGUG